AUGUCUUCUAAAAGCGAGUUCUCGCAAAUGCUCCAGCAUAUCACCAACACCAAGCUAGACGAGUUGUCCAACAAGCGACAGAUCUUUCUCCAACGUAAGGAGGUGGCCCUGCAGAAAGCAGGGUCUCUCGAGUCAACAGUCGACCAGCUAUGUGCUCUCUCCGAUGGAUUAAAGGCAUGCUUCGGUAUUCCUGUCGUCAACGGACGCAUGGUUCGCGGCCAGACCAGCAGUAAACGGCUGGAAAUCACCCUAGCCAACCUAGACCGAUUCCUCGAACAGGCUCGCUACGACCCCUGUAUCUCGUGGACAAUGCUGGAACGCUGGCGAAAUACCCUACUCGGGUAUCUGAACACACAGACGCUGAAAUACGAGUAUGCUACGCUGUUUGCCAAGUUGACUAUGGAAUGGCUGUCUACCAAGAAGAAGCUCUCCGAUGAGGAAGACGUCUCCAUGACGGAAGACUUUGAGGAUGUAUUGGGUGCAAGCAAGCUCGAGUCCAGAAGGAAAUGGGAAGAAGCUGUUUUCACACCUGCCGAGGUCGACGGAAACGCCAUCCGGAGUGUGCUGGAAGAGCUUUUCCAGGGCACACCGGAGAAUACCAAACGGCUCGGUGAAGCCUUGAACGAGCUGCGGAGAGUUGUGUCCGCCUUUGAAUCCACGCUUGCACAUCCCCAGCAGUUCAAUGUUACCACGCUGGGCUGGGUGAUUAGCGGCCUGGUGGCGUCGGAUCUUCUGACGGAAGAAAAGCGCGCAGUGCUCCGAGAUUUCCAGAACAACAAUAUCAUCCUCAUCGAGCUUGCCGACGUGCUGAACAUGCGGAUGAUGGCACUGCACACUUGGGGCUGGGGUGCCGAGGUGCCUGUUGAGCAACGACGACAGCUCAACGGCACAUACAAUAUUUACAUGCACGAGGACCUCAUCCAGGCCAUUUUCCUGCAGUACAUUGGCGUCAAAUGGUCUGUCUUCUUCAAGGACGCCUUUGUUAAGUUCCGCCGAACCAAAGACGUCUGGAAGUCGCCCAGGGCGGCGGUCUCCCUUGUGGACAAAAAGCGCCGGGAGUUCUUCCUGGGCAACCAUCGGGCGACACACAGCGUCCUGAGCAUGAAACAGGGCAUCUACCGAGCAGGGUUUUUUGCUGUGGUCUACAACGAUAAUGGGAGCGAAGAUGAUGACAACUAUGAUGACAACGACGACGACGGUAUAAUUCAUUCCAUGACCCCAAAGAACCCAAUGGAGGCAAAGCAGUAUCUCUUGCAUCUCCUAUCUACGGACAUCCUGAUCAAAACCCGUUUACAGGGGGGGUUGACAUGCUUCCGUUCCCAGUACGACUCGUGGAAUCCGAGAUUACCCCAUACAACCAUUCUCACUGUCCUGCGCUUCCUCGGCGUCUCGGAGAAGUGGAUCGGUUUCUUUGAGCGUUUCCUCAAGGCGCCUUUGAAAUUUCUUGACGACGAUAACGCCGAGCCCCGCCUGCGCCAGCGUGGGACCCCCGGAGCUCAUGUGCUCAGUGAUGUCUUUGGCGAGACGACUCUCUUCUGCCUUGACUUUCUGAUCAAUCAAAAGACGAACGGCGAGUUUCUCUGGCGUGUCCACGAUGAUCUUUGGUUCUGGUCGUCGAACCACCAGACCUGUGUGACGGCCUGGAAGGCGAUCCAGGAGUUCAACAAGAUCUUGGGUCUUUCCCUUAACGCGGGGAAGACAGGGAGCGCGACGAUCUCCCUCCCAAAGACCAAGGACGCACCUAAAGCAGACCCGGAACUACCUACCGGCCAGAUCCGAUGGGGCAUGUUGUAUCUCAACCCGGAAUCGGGCCGCUUCGAAAUUGAUCAAAACAUGGUGGACAGCCACGUGGAAGAACUGCAACGGCAGCUGGAAGAUCAAGAGAAAAGUGUCUUUGGUUGGAUCCAGGCAUGGAACUCGUACGCGACAACCUUCUUCACGUCCAACUUUGGCAAGCCCGCCAAUUGCUUUGGUCGCCGCCAUUUGGACAUGAUGCUAGAGAUGCAUGAGCGCAUCCAACGCAGGAUCUUCUCUCUGGGUCCAGAUGGGGGCAAGUCCGACAGCAGCGUGCUCGAGUUUCUGCGCGACACGAUCCGCUCCCGCUUCAACAUCACCUCCACCCCAGACGGCUAUUUCUUCUUACCGAUUGAGCUUGGAGGAUUGGAGCUUUCCAGCCCUUUUAUCCAUCUGGUGGGCUUGCGUAACUCGGUGCUAGAACUGCCUGCAAGCCAGCUGGACAAAUUCCUCGCUGCCGAACGUGAUGCCUACCUAGCAGCAAAACAUCGCUUCGAGCAGCGCUCUCAACAACAGCAACAGGCCAGCAUGUACAACAACAACAACAACACGGGCGGAGCCCUCCCGGAUACGCAGGCUUUCCUGUCGUUUGAGGAAUAUGUGCGGUUCCGUGAAGAAGUGGAUUAUGGGUUCAGCGGCCAGCUGGCUGACGUGUUCGAGACCCUUCUGCAGCGGCCGGAACAGCAGCCUCUGAUCAGCGACGAGGAUGGCGAGGUCUGCGGCGAGCUCGCCCGACUUGCCGGGCAACCGAAUCUGCGCGGGAUUCAGUCGAGCUGGCACCAGAUGGACCCGUACUGGAAAUGGGUUGCCCAGCUGUACGGACCGGAGGUGAUCGAGACGUUUGGCGGACUGAACAUUGUCGAUCCGGGGCUCCUCCCUAUUGGCAUGGUGAGCUUGUUUCGCAGCGGGGGGGUGAAGUGGCAGGAAGAUUGA